UUAGCUAAUGUUUACUUCAAAAGACAUAUAAAUAAAUAAAUAAAAGACAAUUUAUAAAGAAGAUAUAUAAACAAUUGUCUAGCUCAAUCAAGCUAUCCAACCAAGAGCACCACUGAUGAUAACCACCUUCCAAUCUCCUCACCAGCGGUGACACGACUCAUGGCACCAAUUGCUUUCCUCGCUGUCUUACUAGCCCUAUUACUGAGUCCCAUCACCGCAGGUCCCCAAACCAACCUGCUCAACAGCGGCUGCAGCCAAUACAACGCCAGCAACCCCUCAUCCUUCGUCGCCGACCUAAACGCCACCUUCUCCGGCCUCCGCUCAAACCUCUCCGCCUCCCCUUCCGCCGUCUUCGCAACCGCCUCCAAUGCCCCCGUCUACGCCCUCUUCCAAUGCCGCGACUACCUCUCCUCCUCCGACUGCCUCACCUGCUUCUCCACCGCCGCCGCUCUCCUCCUCUCCUCUUGCGCCCCCGCCAACGGCGCCCGCGUCAUCUACGACGGCUGUAUGCUCCGCUAUGAGAGCGCCGCCUUCUUCGACCAGGGUUCCCUCAUCGGCAACGUUGGUCUCUGUGGGAAUCGCACGAACCAUACGUCGGGCUUCGCGGCUGAUGUCGAUGGGCUGAUGAUGGAUCUGAGCGUCGCCACGCCGAGGAUCGGUGGGUACUUCGCGGCGGCAGUGAGGGAUGGGGUUUAUGGGGUGGCGCAGUGCGUGGAGUCGGUGACGGAGGAGAGUUGUGGGAGUUGCUUGGCGGUGGCGUAUGGGAACAUCAACGGGUGCCCGCCGGAUGCGGAGGCGAGAGCGGUGGACGCCGGCUGCUUCAUGAGGUACUCCGAUGUGGCCUUCUUCCCAGCGAAUCAGACGGUGAAUCUCUCCCCCUUCUUGAAUUCCGGUUCUUCAAGCAAGACAGGUGCUAUCAUUGGAGGAGUUGUAGGAGGAGUUGGCGGCCUGCUGCUUUUGGCUUUAGCCAUAUUACUGUGGAUCAAAAAGUUUAGAAAAUCCCCAAAUCGUCGAAGAGGUAAUAUAUUGGGUGCAACUGAACUACAAGGUCCAAAGAAUUUUCAUUACAGAGAUCUUAAAGCUGCAACAGAAAACUUUAGUGACAAAAACAAGCUGGGGGAAGGAGGAUUUGGAGAUGUUUACAAGGGCACACUUAAAAAUGGGACAAUAGUUGCUGUCAAGAGACUAGCAAUAACUAAAGCAAGCAGAGUGCAGGCAAGUUUCCAAAGUGAGGUGAAACUUAUAAGCAAUGUUCAUCAUCGAAAUUUGGUUCGGUUACUUGGAUGUUCUAGCAAGGGCCUUGAAUUGCUUCUUGUUUAUGAAUACAUGGCGAACAGCAGCCUUGACAAAUUCUUAUUUGGUGAAAAUCGUGGAACCCUUAAUUGGAAACAAAGGUUUGAUAUCAUUGUUGGCAUGGCUAGAGGACUUGCAUAUCUACAUCAGGAGUUCCAUGUGUGUAUCAUACAUCGAGAUAUAAAAUCUAGCAAUAUCCUUCUUGAUGACAAUUUCCAGGCUAGAAUUGCGGAUUUUGGGUUGGCAAGGCUUCUGCCAAGUGACCAAAGCCAUCUCAGUACUAAAUUUGCAGGGACAUUGGGUUACACAGCGCCGGAAUAUGCAAUUCAUGGCCAGCUCUCUGAGAAGGUUGAUACCUACGGCUUUGGUGUUGUUGUCCUGGAAAUAAUUAGUGGCAGAAAGAGCAAUGACAUGCGUUUUGAACCUUUAACUCAGUUCCUUCUUGAAUGGGCAUGGAAACUCUAUGAGGAAGACAUGCCACUGGACUUGGUGGAUGAUACAUUGAGUCCUAGUGAGUAUGAACCUGAGGAAAUGAAGAGAGUCAUUGAGAUUGCUCUCCUAUGCACUCAAUCCACUGUGGCUGCAAGGCCAACCAUGUCUGAGGUUGUGGUUUUGCUACUGAGCAAAGGUGCUUCACUGGUUCAGCCUACCAGACCAGUUUUCAUCGAAGCGACAAGCAGGGUUCGCGGAGAUACAUCAUCUUCAUCUGGUACACCUUCUGCAUCCCUUGCAACUGCAUCGAUAUCACAGUUUUCAGCUCGGUAAAAUUAUAAGGAGAAUAAGAGUGUGCAUUCUGUUGAACUGGUGUGAUAUGCUAAUAAUGUAGUAGUGAAAAGUGACAGUAAUAGUGUGUUUUGAUAUGUAAUCUUGAAAGCAUGUGUAGUUUCCAUUUUGUACAGUAAUUAUUUUUACCGAAGUAAAAACGGACAGACACUUACUCCAAUUCUGCAGAUUUUAAGAGGUUUGAUCUUAUGUUUUGUUCUAA